CAAUUUUGUUUUUGAACCAUCUCAGUAAGGUAUGAACGUAAAAAAUUCUCUCGUUUAAACACAAUCAACUUUUAAUUUUACAAUAAUAUUUUAUAAAGAGUAUUGAGCAGUAAUACCGCAUAAGUUAAGAGUAUUAUGUCUGCAUUAAGUUUAUACAUUAACACGUUUCGCAUCGUUCUAGAAGUGAAUCCUGAAGAGGAUUCUUCAUGGGCCCAUAUUUAUGGAUCAUUAUCAUGUCUGAGACAGUACCUGUCAUGUUGCGUUUGUGAAAAGUUAUUACUGAUCCCAAUGAAAUCGACAAUAGGUCGUUGUCGUCAUUUCAGGUGCAAAACUUGUGUAGGUGGCAAAAUGAAAAAAGGUGGGACAUGUUCUCAUUGUGCUGUUUCAUCUGAAUUUGUUGAAGAUGUUCAGAUGCGCAUUGUUUUACAAUGCUUCAGGAAGAUGUGUUUAUACAUAUGCUGUUGUAGUUUUUAUCGCAAUGUUGAUCGUUCCGAUAUGUCAGUUCCUAAGUCAAAAUUUUACUACAUUGUUAAUGAAGGAGCAAAUUAUAAUGAUGAUACUUAUCCACAUAUGCUGAGCAGCAAUAUGGCUGAUAACCAACUAACUGUUAGAGCUAACAUUACUGAUACCCCUCGCACAAGCAAACGAGCCAUAUACAGGAUAAAAGUAAAAAAUAGUGCAGCAAGAAGGCUUAGAAUCCAGAAACGCGCACUAAAAGCAAGUUUAAGUCAUAGGCUGACUGAAGAUGAUGAUAAUUCUGUGCAAGAAGUUUCCAGUACAGAAGUGAAUCAGGAAGUUGAAGAAAGAGAAGGUAAGCAGAUGAGCUGCAUUGAUUCCGAGGAAAGUUCUGAUAGCUCCAGUUUUAUGAAGGAGUGCAUUCGGUCUUUCCGCAAAAGAAGCCAUUGCCGUUGUGGUAUGGCGACCCGUAAUCCAGGGAAACUUACUUGUUGUGGACAAAGAUGUCCUUGUUACGUUGCUGGUCGAGCUUGUUUUAACUGUCACUGUAGAGGCUGCCGAAAUCCUCAAAAGCUUGUUGUUACUCCCCCAUCAUCUCACCACUUGCUAGCUGAUGGAGAAAGUAACCUAAGCUCUGAAAGCUUAAAAGACUUGAAUGGAAUCUUUAAUAGUUCAGACGAAACUUCGCUUAAUGAUUCUUCAGAUGAGUAUACAGAUGAAUUAUAUGCUGAAAGUAUGUAACAACAUACAUUUUCAUCUUUGUGCUAGUUAUUUCAGUAUUUUUUCCUUUUUAUGACCAGUUGUUAAAAAACCUAUGAAGGAAUGGAAUUACUUUUUACAAGCAAG